UCAUGUGAGUUUAUGUAAAGUUUAUUCUACAUAUUAAUAUCUACAGAUUUAAUUAACAAAUACAUGGUGAAUUCAUUAAAUAGAAUUACAUAGAAAUUUAUUAAAGAACCUGUGUGGGAGUUUCUUACAGGAGAAAAGUCAGAAAUCUUCACCAGACUGUGAAAUGGUUUGCAGUCUGCACAGUGAAAAGCUGAAACUCUUCUGUCUGGAAGAUCAACAGUUAGUGUGUGUGGUGUGUCGGGAUUCAAAAAAACACACUGACCACAAGUUCUGCCCUGUUGAUGAGGCAAUUACCGAUUGUAAGGAGGAACUAAAAACUGCACUGAAGCGAUUACAGGAGAAACUGGAGAUCUUUGAAGACUGUAAACGAACCUGGAGUCAGACUGCAGAACAUAUAAAGAUUCAGGCCAAACACACAGAGCAGCAGAUUAAGGAGGAGUUUGAGAAGCUUCACCAGAUUCUACGAGAUGAAGAAGCAGCCAGGAUAGCUGCACUGAGAGAGGAAGAGGAGCAGAAGAGUCUGAUGAUGAAGGAGAAGAUCGAGAAGCUGAGCAGAGACAUAUCAUCGCUUUCAGACACGAUCGGAGCCGUAAAAGAAGAGAUGGGAUCCGAAGACGUCUCGUUCUUACAGAACUACAAGACCACAGUAAAAAGAGCUCAGUGCACACUGCAGCAUCCGGAGGAGCUUUCAGGAGCGCUGAUCCAUGUGGCCAAACAUCUGGCCAACCUGAGGUUCAGAGUCUGGGAGAAGAUGCAGUGUGGAGUUCGAUACACACCUGUAACUCUGGACCCCAACACUGCUCAUCAUAAACUCAUUGUGUCCGAUGAUCUGACCAGUGUGAGAUUCAGCAACAAGGAACAGAAGCUUCCUGAUAAUCCAGAGAGAUUUAUUCAUUAUUGUUGCAUCCUGGGCUCUGAGGACUUUAACUUAGGCAUGCACUGCUGGGACAUUGAAGUAGGCGUCUGUACGCAGUGGUCGGUAGGUGUGAUGACAGAAUCUGCUCAGAAGAAGGGAAGUAUAACCUCCAAAACUGAAAUGUGGUACGUUGAAUGUCGUGGUAGUAAAUAUGAAGCACGUUCUACAACGCAGCCGUCCACUCCCCUCUCAGUAACGCAGAAACUCAGAAGGAUCAGAUUGCAGCUGUCACUGGACAGAGGAAAACUGUCAUUCUCCGACCCUCUCACCAACAGCCACAUACACACUUUUACACACAUAUAUACUAACAAAUUACUGCCUUUUCUAAGAGUUGCUUGUCAAAAAUACCCAGUAAAGAUCCUCCCACUUCAGUGCUCUGUAAAAGUGCAUCAGAUCAGUUAG